AUGUUCCUCUUAAUUUGCCUCUUUUCGAUAUCAUUAGCUUCGAAAGGUACAAGCAUAUAUCAUGACACGGCUCUUUCAACCCUUUCAUGUUUGAAGAGUAGUAAGCUCUUGGACUUUGUCAUCCGUAAAGCUGUUGCCCCAUAUCCAGAUAUGAGUUGUGUAUAUACUGUACAAGAAGCACUUAACCUUGGACUAACUGCCUCUAACAUUGACAUUCUAUUUGAGCCUUCGAUGACGUCUUCAGAGUCUGCAGAAACACAAGUCACCAAUUUAGUCAACUUUCUGAAGAGCACCAAUGUUGCAUAUACAAGGAUAUGGUAUUCCACAUACACCACUUGGAAAUCGUCAAAGACUGAAAACACCGCAUUUUUGGAAAAAAUGAUGGCAAAAGCAAUUUCACUUGGAAAGGCGGGCAUUGUUGGGAGUAAAGAGAUGUGGAGCACUAAUUUUGGUGCUUCAUACACUUAUAAAGAUGCAGCAAGUGUUCCAUUGUGGUAUGUAAGUCCAGAUGGAGAUGCGUCAUUUGGCAAUUUUGUUGCUUUUGGAGGGUGGAGUAAACCCACUAUGAAAACAUACGAAAAGAAUGUUUGGUACUGUAGUCUCACUGAAGAUUUAGUCUAUCGUGCUUAA